GUGGCCCCAACACUGGAACCUCUGCUCCAGAACCUCUUCUACUCCAUUUGGCCGAGACGAUGGGGGAUGGAGUUGGCCACCGCAGUCAGCGCGAAGCGAGCAGUGCUGGCUGUUGACAACAAGCCUGACGCCAAUCCAUGCAAUGCGGAGAGGGACUUUGAGAGGUUGUGGCAGAGGCCUUCGAUUCCGACCUACGAACCGGACACACCUCCACCUGCCAUCGAUCCCAACAUGCUUCGGGUACAGAAUGGUGAUACCUACUAUGCGGCCUGUGUGGCCGUAAAAGGUGACAUGGACUUCCAUGCCAAAGUCAUGGAUUUGUCUCGCUCGUACAAGAAUGUUGGUACCAAGAAUCGUUUGGAAAUUUGUCACAUGUGCCGUGCUGGUAGUAAUCGCCAGUACAGCUUUGAGGAUUACAGGGAGUCCCCAGAGUGGCUUUCCACACUUUUCCAGUCAAGACCAUGGAAUACCGACAGCCCGCCAAGCCUUUGCCAGAUUCCCUUUGAUGACCAAUCUCCAGAGCGCAUCCUUCAGGGAGACACUUUCCACUUGAUCAAGCUUGGCAUAGCAAGGGAUGUCAUUGGGGGAGUACUGCAAGACUGCGGGGCUUCGGUCGUUUACCCCGUCAUUUUUCAACAUGAGACACGGGUUGAUGUCAGCCCCGUGGGCAAGUACCAAAGGUUACUCUAUGGUCAUUUCAUGACUCUGCUUCGUGGCUAUGCGCUUCUGGGACAAAAAGCCCUGACCCUGAAGAUCCGGGCCUUCAUCCAGAAACCAAAGUGCCACGGUGUCCAUCACAUUGCAGUAAGCCUGAAGCGCCAACUGAAAUUGGGGGUGCCCUUGGUUUUGUCACCGCAGGCAUUUGCUUGUGAAAUUUGUGAAGAUUUCCUAGGACUUCGCGCACAGAAUAAGCUGGUGCAUGUGGAGGAUGUGGUUUUCAAGAAGGUGUUAUGUGAGACCUUAAAAAGUACAGUAUGCGUCGCCGACUGGAAGGGACAGACAGUUGUAGCGAAGCGAAUUAAGCCAAGUCUAUUCAAAAAGGCAGAUCCUGAGAGCGCCGAGACUCGUGAAACAUCAGAGCGGGAGAUGAUUCACGAGCUAAAUCUCCUUUCCACGAUCAGCCAUCCGCGUAUUCUGGGUAUGAUUGGUGCUGGUUUUGAGAGGAGCCAGGGACCGAUUUUUUUGACAGAACACAUGGAAGGUGGGGACGUGGAGACAUACAUGCGAAGACAACGAGAAACUUCGUUGGAUCAGCAAUUUAAGCCGCGAUACUCGUUGGCCAUACAGUGGAUUGAAUCCACAGCUGAGGCCCUCGCCUAUCUUCAUGGCUUGCCACAGCCGAUCAUUCACCGCGACCUCAAGCCGUUGAACUUGUUGCUGACCAAAGACCUUCAGCUCAAGGUUACCGACCUGGGCAUUAGCAAGGUGAUGCAAAGCACAAAGCACAGUGCUUCAACGCCCAAAAAGAUGACGGGAGGGGUUGGCACCUGGCGCUAUAUGGCGCCCGAGGUGGUCAGACACGAACAGUACACCGAUCGAGCAGAUAUCUAUGCACUCUCUCUGAUCGGCUACUUCCUGCUGUCGGGGAGGCAACCUUUCGACACCUUCUGUGGUCGGGACGUUGAGAAGAUCCUGAAGGCCUACCUGGUGGGCCACGAGCCACGGCCGGAGUUGGGCAUCUUUAUCGGCUCGAUGGAGAUGAGAGCCUUCCUGCAGGACACCUGGCACGUUGAGGCCCCGAAGCGCCCUUCAGCCUCUGAGUGUGUGGCCAGGCUGGGAGAGAUUCGACAGCAUGGCAUCUUGCAUUCCGUGAGCUUAAUGACCAGGAACUUCAAGAGAAGCAUCUCGGGACCACCCCAAGCCUAGUCCACUUUUAUGUGAAGG